ACACGCGGACCUGCUGCUCGUUGUUGCGACUUACAAUAAGUGCAUCAACCUCGAGUACAAACUAAGAACAACAAGAAUACAGAAAGUAACAUUUCCUCAACAUAGUCGAACUACAAAAGUACCAUAAUAAGAGCUAUUUAAAUGCCACUGAAGUGCUAAUCUGUGUUUUAAUCCAGAUAUAGUCGGAAAAGAUGUAUUUUUUACCCUAACCCCACAUGUUGACUCCGCUCUGCAGCUCCUCCAGGGUUAUGUCUGCUCUUAGUAUUGAUCCUCGUCGUGGUGCUAUAUUUCCAUUUUGUGUGCUAAUGGAUUUAUUCACUGUAGAUAAAUAAAACAAAAACAUAUUGCGUGACAUGUCAUUGAGCAGACUCUUUUAUCCACAGCGACUUAAAAUAAGUGAAUUCAACCAUGAGAACAAACUCAGAACAACGUGAAUCAAGAAAGUAGCUUUUCUUAAAGAAAGCCAAACUACAAAAUAACCAGAAGCAAGUGCCACUGAAGUGCUAGUCUGGUGUUCGUAGUGGUCCUCCUGGCAGGUGUGUGCAGGGUUCCUACGGUCAUGGAAAACCUGGAAAUGUCAUGGAAUUUUGAAAUGUUAAUAUUUUUUUUCUGUGUUUAAUUUAAUGUAUACUGUUGCGUUGGAAUUCACAGUUUAAAUACUAAAUGUUCUCACUUUUUCAUGUAUAAACCGAGAUUUCAGUUUGGUCAUUGAAAUUUGGUUUUAAAGUCCUGGAAAUCCAUUGGUCAAGAUGUGUAAGAACCCUGUAUUGAUUUCCAUUUUGUAAUAUAAUGGAUUUAUUCGUGCACUGAGAUAAAUACAAAAAACUAAACAUUUAAAGUUAUUUUAAUGUAUAACUCCACCCUGAAUGUUGUCCCUGCACUUUUAAAAGUAAAUGGUAACACCUGAUAUUAUUUAUGGUAUAUUUAGCAAAGUGGGUGAAAACAACUGCAUACAACUUUACAGUUAUUUAGCUUUUUUUUAUCUUGUAUUGGUCCACUAUAUAAAUCAGUGUUUCAAAUGUACCGGGCUGAAGUGCGAGUCGUCGUUGCGCUCCGUGCGUCCCAUAAUUGAAGUGUCUCGUUUUCUGGUUCCUACCAUCCGUCCUGCGUCGUGUCGUCGAGGCUCUAAAGCAGCCGGCGUCUUCUUUGCGUGUCCUUUCUCUCCUCAGCUGGUGGAGCUGAAGAACGGAGAGACGUACAACGGCCACCUGGUGAGCUGUGACAACUGGAUGAACAUCAACCUGAGAGAAGUCAUCUGCACCUCGCGGGAUGGAGACAAGUUCUGGAGGAUGCCCGAGUGCUACAUCAGAGGCAGCACCAUCAAGUACCUGCGAAUCCCCGAUGAAAUCAUUGACAUGGUGAAGGAGGAGGUGGUGUCAAAGGGGCGUGGGCGCGGAGGCCCCCAGCAGAACAAGCAGCAGGGCAAAGGAAGAGGAGGACAGGGAGGCCAAGGGGGAGGCGCAGGCCGAGGUCUGUUCGGCGGCCGCGGCCGAGGGAUGUCGGGUCCCAGCCGGGGUCAGCAGCAGCAGCUGCAGCUGCAGCCGCCCGACAAGAAGACGGGCAAACCGCAGGGCGCCAAGAACCAGCACUGACGGACCAGCAGGACGCGUCCGGUUCCCCCGAGCCACUUCUCCUUAAAAAAAGAAAAAGUAACUCCUUCUGCGCUGACGCUCGUCUGGACCGACCACCGGGAGACGUUAAGAGAAGCUGUGCCCUUUGCACAGAGUUUUGUUUUUUUAGCAUCUGUAAGUUGGUAUUAACGAUUUUUUUUUUUUUUUAGUCCGACCCGAUGCCAGUGUAUCCGAGCCCGUCUUUAGCUUCAUCGAUAAUGUUAUUACAGCUUUGCAGGAACAUUUAGUGUCGUGAAUCUCAUUGUUGGAACACUGGAAUGAGGUUUUUAAUUGUAGUUCUUUCUCUCCUCGGGUGUACGCUUCAAGGUAAAGACGUUUGCCCCGCCCCCAACUGCUGUUGCAUCGUAUUAUUUUUUUUUAACUCGAGCUCUUUAUUUUAGCGCCGGGCGGUUUGAUCGCGGCAGGCGGACCGGCCGGCGGCCGUUAGAGGGGACGAGACUUCAGUCCCUGGACGGGAACACUUUGGUUAAAGCAUCUGUAAGACGACGCGUCGUCAUCAUUAGGGUUUCCAUCAAAACAAAUAUUCUCUCGUUCUUAAACCUGAAGUGGAAAAGUCCAAUGUGUCUUUUGUUGGUUGGAUUUCUUUUUUAUUUUAGUAAAAGAAAGACGGUGUAAUUUAUGAACACGAGAAUAAAAUACCUUUUGUUAAA